AUGGAGAAUGUCACUGACUUGUCUCUCUUUAUCCUGAGGGGCCUCACGGACAACGCUGACCUUCAGAUCAUUCUUUUUUUCCUAUUUCUAGUCAUUUAUCUUUUCACACUAAUGGGAAAUAUGGGGCUGAUCGCAGUGGUCAUUGGGAAUUCCCAGCUCCACAACCCAAUGUACUAUUUUCUGGGUGUUUUAUCAUUCAUAGAUGCUUGCUUUUCAACCAUUAUCACCCCAAAAAUGUUAAUAGAUUUUAUGUCAAAGAAGAAAGUCAUUUCAUUCCUUGGAUGUGCUGCGCAGAUGUUUCUUGCCGUCAGUUGUGGAACCACAGAAUGUUUCCUUUUGGCUGCAAUGGCUUAUGACCGCUAUGUAGCUAUCUACAAUCCACUGCUAUAUGCAGUUAGCAUGUCACCAAGAGUCUACAUGUCACUCAUUAUAGCAUCAGUUGCUGGUGGGAUUAUCCAUGCAUCUAUCCAUACAGCAGCCACUUCCAGCCUAUCUUUUUGUGGCUCCAAUGAAAUUAAGCAUUUUUUCUGUGACAUUCCUCCUCUGCUUGCUAUCUCUUGCUCAGACACUAAAGUGAACGAGCUUCUACUCUUCAUCUUUGUGAGCUCCAUUGAGGUAGUCACUAUCUCAGUUAUCAUCAUCUCAUAUACUUUCAUCCUAUUUGGCAUUCUGAAGAUGCAUUCUGCUGAAGGGAGGCAAAAAGUGUUCUCUACGUGUGGAUCUCACCUUACUGGAGUGUCUAUAUAUUAUGGGACAAUCUUCUUCAUGUAUAUGAGGCCAAGUACCAGCUAUGCAUUGGAGCAUGACAUGAUAGUGUCUACAUUUUAUGCUAUUGUGAUUCCCAUGUUGAAUCCCAUCAUCUACAGUCUCAGGAACAAAGAUGUAAAAGAGGCAAUGGGAAGGAUUUUAGAAAAAAUGUGUUUGUCCAUGAAAUGA